CGAUCGAACAAAUACAAUCAUGGCGGCGGAGGGAAAUUCUGAAGUGCAAGAUUCUAUGUUUAUGGACGAAACGUCUGACAACCCAUUUGACAAUGUUGGAAAAGAUAUUGCGGAGGAAAAUUGGGUGGCAUGGAGCGAGACUGGAGGGUUAGUGGAAGUUCACUAUGACGAUGCGGAGAAUGCAGCAGAUGAGGUAUCGACAAACCUGGACCUAUUGGCCUCCCUGUCUAUGUCUGAAGAGGGCAUUCCCGGCACUUCACGCAUGAUGCAAGUGUCGACAGAGUCUGGCAGUAAGACUGUUGAACUCAUCAUUCCCCCUACCACAGUGCUGACUGAAGGUCAACCGUCAGGAGCUCGCAAACUGCCAUCAAAUGACUUGGUUAUGCUGUAUUUAUCAGGUAAAAUCAACUUCUUGGAAUUCAGUGAAAUGAUAAAUGCAGCAAAGGAAAAAGAUGAAGAUGAAAUAGAAAAAGGAGAUGAUGAUGAUGACUAUGAUGAUGAUGAUGAGGAUGAGAUGGAGGACAAUCAGCAGGAUGACCCAGACUAUAAACCGAGUACUAGUUCUCUCCCUUUGGACAGAGCCAGAGAAGGUGGUCACACAUCAGAUGGUUCAAUAUCGCCUGUGAAGAUGAAAAGAAAAUAUGUCAAAAGAAAUCCAAGGAGCAACAUCCCAAAGCACCUGAAGGGUUUGAUGGGAGAGGCCAAUCUGAAGUUUGCUCGAGGGGAGAACGAAGAGGCUAUACAGAUCUGUAUGGAUAUCAUCAAGGAAGCUCCCAAAGCCGUCCUGCCUUACCAGACACUAGCUGUGAUCUACGAGACAACGGGUAACAUGCAGAAAGCUUUAGAGUUCCAUACUCUGGCUGCAUACCUGAGUCCGAAAGACUGUGAGCAGUGGGGUCGAUUAGCUGAGAUGUUUCUCGACCAGAACCAGAUUUCUCAGGCUGUGAUAGCUUAUACUCAAGCUAUACGAAAUGACCCAAAGAACCCACAGUAUAUAAUGGAGAGGCUUAAGUUGUAUGAGGAGCUUGGAGAGACCAAGAAAGUAAUGGAGGGGUACCGGGCUGUACUCAACCUCAUCCCACCAGAGGAAGGCGACCAGUACAUAGAGCUAGCCAGGAACCUCGCAAUGCAAUAUUUCAAUCUUGCUGACAAGGAGAAUGCCAUAAAAAUAAUGAAGGGUGCAUUUCAGGCUCACCCUGACAAAGUGACAUCAGAAGAUGUCAACCUGCUGCUGGAGCUACUGAUAGCAGAGAAACAGUUCAUGGAGUGUAUUAAGGUGUUGGUGAAACACUGCGGGGUGGAGUUCGUAUUCCACAACAAGGCUGUGUGGGAGAAGAAUCGCAUCGACCCAAUUGAUCCUGAGGGUCUCGCGAAUGGUCAACUAACCAUAGAAAUGUGUAAAAUCCCGGAGCUGCUGCCGAUAGAUCUAGGAGUUAAGUUGUCUGUGUGUAUGAUUCACCAGCGUCAGAAGGCUAUUGUAUCGCCAAUCAUCAGUCAGCUGACGUCGGAGAGUAUAGACGAUAUGGGGGACCUGUAUCUCGACGUGGCUGAAGCCAUGAUGGAGUCCUGCUACUACAAGGAUGCUAAAUCUCUGCUGUCAAAGUUGAUCAAGUCUUCACGUUACAGCAGUGCUGCAGCUGUGUGGUUAAAGAUGGCGGAGUGCCUGAACAACCUGGGAGAGCUAGAGGAGGCUGUAAAGGCCUACGACAACGUGGUCGACCUGGCCCCGGCACACGUGGGCGCAAGGAUGGCUCUGUCCUCGCUCCAUCAACAGCUCGGCAAACACGACGAAGCUCUCAGGGCCCUGUCACAAGAUGAUGUGGGUGAAGCGCUGAUGUCUAAACAGGAGCAGAUUCUUCUGCUACAGAAGUGCCAUCUUUUGCACUCUCAAAGUCGCCAUGACGAAUUCAUCAACGCCUGCAAAAAGCUGCUCUUUCAUCAGUUCAAGGACAUCAGUAAACCCUCAUUCCUCAAAGUUGCAUUUACUUAUAAAACACCGAAACACAAGUUGGAGGAUGUGGCGAAGCAUUUGAAGGACGGAACUCAAGUUCAAGCAGAACGCAAUGGGAUAUACAGAACUGAUUUGCCAGUUGAUGAUCUCUGGGAUUUGUUUGUCAAGCUGUGUGACUUGUUGAUGGAUCUCAAGAAUUACACUGAACUGAUGGAGGUGACGGCAAUAGCGAUGUCCUGUCCGUUCUUCAUGGCUGAUCCGAGGAAACUCAAGCAAGCUGAGUUCAUGUGUUUGGUGUCGUGUAUCAUGACGAAGAAUGGACUGUUGGCUUUCACCUUUGUCAGAGAGAUGUGUCAGAAAGAAGGUGACAAGCACCAAGUUUGGAACUUACUGAACCAGGUGUUGACCCUGUCUACAGAAAAUAAGUACAACAAGUUCUGUCUCCGCUACCUUCUGUCACAUCCGGACCAUACAGCCAUCUGCCUAUUGAAUGGACACAAUGCAACUUUAUCAGGGACAUACAAAUAUGCUUUGGGGGAGUAUGUGUCUGUACUACGGACUUGGCCUAAGGAACCACUGGUCAGUCUGUGUAUUGGGCUAACCUUCAUACACCUGGCAGCUCAAAAGUUUUCUGCAAAGAAGCAUUUUCUACUGACCCAGGGCCUGGUGUUCUUACACAACUAUGCCGAGUUACGAGGGGACUGUCAGGAAUCUAACUUCAAUAUCGGGAGAGCUCUUCAUCAAUUAGGGUUGACCUAAGCUGCCAUCCACUACUAUAAGAAGGUGCUAGAUAUGAAGCCAGUAUUGGACCAUCCUGAUAAGCUGGACUCUGAGGUGUCCCAGAGUAGCUAGCUACUUGAUCGAGCAAGACUCCAAAGAUACAGAGAAGCAACUAGACCCUGGACGAUUCCAGAGAAGCUACUAGACUCUGCGAGUGGUAUCCUCGACCUGACCUGUGAGGCUGCCUACAACCUAUCACUGAUCUACCAGACCAGUAAUUCCCACGACCUGGCCGCCCUCCUGGUCAGCAAGUAUCUGGUCAUAUGAUCGGGAUUGGUGUACUAUCUUAUGACAAACAUCAAAACAAACAGAUGUGACUGCCUGCGCUAAAUUGGACCAAACUAUCUCAAGAAACAACCAUCAAGACAAAAGGGAGUUCCACCUAUCAAAACCCUGGUCCACCAGUCCUCCUGGAAAGACCUACUGUUGGGUCUUAUCACUUCCGAGUCCUGGUCUGUCAAUGGUCAGCCAAAGCUAUUGAAAAAUGCGAGUAAUAUUGAAUCUAAGGUGACUGGAAUAGAAGCCUUACGAUGUCGUACAGAAUGUGUUCAACCCCGGACUCAACACCAAAGUAGAUAAUGGCCCCGAGUGUUCUGGUGCCGUAAUCCUGAAUAUACUCAACCAAGUGUUUUGGAAUUCUGCUAGGUUAGACAUCGGAGAUAACAGCAAUGUUGGGUAACCCGCUGGGCGUGGUUAUCAUCGUAACAAAAGGAAGGAUGUUUGUGUUGCACAAUUAUCAUCGAUACGUAGAUAAGGAUGUAUGCAUUAAGUAAAUCUUGUUCAUCUUGUGUGCAAUGAUCGACUUUCUCCCAAUGGAGAACACAACAUCCACCAAGUGUGGAUCUCUGUUGAUUGGAGCCUUGACAAAAGACCUAGUUACCUCCCCUGAUGUGGAAAUUUCCACAGCCCGUCCUACGAAGGAUUCCAAUGAUGCACUGUUUUACAUCAUUACUGUGCUGCUGUUCUACGCCUGCAGCAUAGUGAUCUUGAUGGUGAAAUACAUACGGCGGGAGAAACAGGAGGCAGAGUUCAGAAAUUAUUUCCAUGAAUAUGUCCUUAGGGACCAAUUCCGUCAGCCUCAGUAUCAAAAUUUAUCGUACAUGUGCCAUUUAAUGAAACUGCCAACAAAAGGUAGUAGUAAAAUGGCUCCAGAGCUCAGUCCAAAAUCUACAGAGAACCACUUCAGCCUGGAUCAUGUGGAUGUUUUGGAAGAGAAACAGAAAUUUCUUAAUGAAACAUCAGUUUAGCAUAUGCAUGUUGUCAUGUCAGUAAAUAAAUAUGACUUCAG